AUGGUUGACAAAACGAUACCUCGUUCAUGUGACACUUUCGUUGUUUUACCGCCAUUGACCGAUUCGAACUUGCAUAUAUUUGGCAAAAAUUCCGAUCGACCAACAAAGGAAGUUCAAGAAGUUAUACUGGUUUCGAACGAACAUACGAGUGAAAACAAAAAUCAUGUUCAGUGUACUCAUAUUCAAGUUCCUCAAGUGUCCACGACGUAUCGAUGCAUUUUAUCGAAGCCUGCAUGGUGUUGGGGCGCAGAAAUGGGUGCCAAUGAGCAUGGUGUAUGCGUCGGAAACGAAGCAGUCCAUUCCAAAAUCGCUUAUGACACGCGAGAUAAAGCGUUGACUGGUCUCGAUAUCGUUCGUUUGGCGUUAGAACGUGCGAAAAACGCGAAAUCUGCUGUAGAAAUAAUUGGUGAACUGGUAGAACAAUAUGGACAAGGUGGCACAUGUUAUGAUCCGACAUGCAAUUCUCCGAGUGGUUAUGAUAAUAGUUUUCUUGUUGUUGACGAUAAAGAGGCCUGGGUUGUUGAAACAUGUGAUCGUGUUUGGGUUGCGAAGCAUAUCAAAGAAGGUUAUUAUCAAAUCUCAAAUAUAUAUGGCAUUGAAGACGAUUAUACCACACACUCAAAGAACUUAGAAAGUUUCGCAAAGGAGAAGAAUCUAUGGGAUGGAAAAGGAAAAUUAAACUUUGCUGAAACAUUUCAAGAAUCAUCGUCAUCGUGUAGUCGACUAACAGCUGGGCAAAAACUACUUGCAGAUUUAACUAAAAAUGGCAAUUUUUCCGUUUUCGAUAUGAUCUCGAUUUUACGCGACGAUCAAUCGGGCAUAUGUAUGAUAGAUGGAACUGGUCAUGGUUAUACUUCAACAGGCUCACAAGUAUCCGUAUUGACAGCAGCAGACAAACGAAAGUCUCAAAUCGAUGUCUGUCAUUUCUUUACAGCAACACCUAAUCCAAAAGUUUCAUUAUUCAAACCAUUUAUCUUCUCCGACAAAGCAGAGUUGGGCCCAUUAACAGUUUCCACACCGUCCGAAAUCACAACACAGCGUAUUCAUCCGUUGUACGUUGCCCAUCAAAAAGCAACACGUGAGCAAUUAGAAGAUAAACGUUUGAAGGAUUUCGAACAUGAAGGUAUUAUGGAAAUUAUCAACAAACUGAAAUCCGCCGAUGAGAAUUAUACUGAUACAUACGAAACACUAUUUCAUGAUACUGUUUCAGCUGAAAUCGAACUACUCCGAGAACACAAGCCAACUAAACGUUCUUAA